UCAUGACUGGUAUGUCUGCACACUUAAUGGGACCUGCUAAUUUACUUUAAAAUUGAGGAAAUAAGCUCACGUGUGAAUUUCAGUUAGAAAUAAUCAGACCGACUCGUAUCACACGUGCUUGUGUCAUCAUCUUGUAAAGCAGCAGCUCUUUGUUGUUUGAACUUAUCUACUCAUGAAAUGAUGGAGCGCCUGAAGUUAGUUUUGCAGUAUUUCCAGUCGAACUCCGAAUCAAUCUCCAACGGGAUAUGUAUCGUCCUCGCCUUGGUCAGCGUCAAGCUUUACACCAGCUUUGACUUCAACUGUCCAUGCCUUCCGCAGUACAACAAACUGUACUCUUUGGGUGUUAUGGUCGUUCCACCCAUUGUCCUUUUCUUCCUGGGGGUCCUGGUCAAUCGACAUACAGGUGUCAUGAUGGAUGAAUGGAUGAGACCAACUGGAAAACGGUCUAAAAAUCCUGCUGUGGUCAAAUAUUUAUUCUCAGCCAUGAUCCAGCGUGCCCUACUUGCUCCAGUGGUGUGGGUCCUUGUCACCUUGCUGGACGGGAAAAUAUUCAUCUGUGCCUUCAGCAUGAGUGUCGAUCCUGCACUCUUCUCAGGUGUGCCAAACAACACAGGACUAGAUGUGAUGAAAAUAAUGGCCAAAGUGCCCUGCAAGGAGGCUAUCAUCUUCAGGAACAGCUCUUUCCAUAAAGCAGUGUCUCGUUACAUUCGCUGCUAUUCGCAAGCAGUUGGCUGGUCCAUCCUCCUUUUCCUGAUUGUACUGGGAGCACUAGGACGAGUCCUCAAGCCUUGUUUUGAUGACCAUGCCACCUUCCUGCAGACACGCUACUGGAGCAACUACCUUGAUGUGGAGCAGAAGCUCUUUGAUGAGACCUGUGUUCUCCAUGCCCGAGACUUUGCCCGGACUUGUGUUGUGCAGUUCUUCGAAGACAUGAGGGAGGAUGUUGAAUUGUGUUCCCCACAUCCUCAAUUCAUUAAAACCAUCACGAAUGACUGGGAAUAUAAAGAGGAGGGGCGACUUCAUGGGAUAACAAAGCAAGAGCAAAUGGACAAUUUGCUCCAAAAAUGGUACUUCAGUAAACCGGAACUAGAUGUAACCAAAGGUGCCUCCAGGCCCAGGAUGUGUGUUACCUGCAAGGAAGAAAGGGGAAAUCUACCAUUUUGAUGUAUUUUUGUGGUUAAAUGCUUGGUAGUUAUGUUUACUCUGAUGGUGUCAUCAAUAACUUCAUACCGUAGACCAGAGGUCAGCUUUGUGGUGCCCGUGAGCACCAGGUAGCCCCAAGGACCACAUGAGUAGCCCUUGGGCCUGUUCUCAAAAUAGCUCACCAGUGAAGGGACAUUGUGAUCUCCAAGGACCAUUGUAGAAGUGGUCAUUUGAUCAUGUAAACAAAGAGAAAAUAA